GACGGACAGACAGACGGACAACCCGAUUCCAGUAUACCCCCCCACAACUUGUUGCGGGGGUAUAAUAAACGUUAAAACACCAUAUGAUCCAUGUAGCCCAACCCUUGAAUCUGAACCCCUGACCCAUAAAUGUCAUCGCUCGCGGUAUUUCAAUGGUAAUAGCGUUCGCUUCGUGACAUAAAAUCAUGGAUUCUAUCCCCGAACGUACUUUGGUCUGUUUAACCUAAGACUCAAGAAAAUGCAACCCCCCCCCCCCCAACCCCCCAAGUGGAAAUAUUGAAAAGGUUCAACUUUGAAUUUAUAAUGUCUAUAACGAAAGUGAAAAAUUAGGAAUACCAGUGUACCAAGUUUAAUGUCCAUCAAAGGAAGGGUUUUCAAAAUAUUGAGUUGAGCAGUCAAUACUUAAGUGAACAACUAUUUAAUUCUAAGUGUUUACUAAAUAACACAUAAAAAUUUGGGUUUGAUAACUAUAGCUAUGAAAACAAGCAAAAAAAUUCGGAACCUUCAUCAUCGUGCGACAUAUCGUUUGCCUUACAUAAGGGGGAGGGGCAAUCCUGCAUAAACCACACCGAUAUAACAUUCAUAUCUGCAUUCUUAAUUACUUAUAAAUGACUUGUAAACCCUAGUCGUAGUCCUUAACUAUUCGAAGGCCGAUUUUGAGUAGGCCUACCAGCGCAAUCUCUCAUACACAGCGUGUCUAUCUUUGCAAUGCUCGAUUAUGAGCACUGUAAGGAUCAACAACUCUGUAUGAGAGAUUGCUACCCACGAUUUCAGUCGGAUUACAGGAAUACGGUAAAUUGAGUACUGCCGUCUGAUCAGACUUCGCUCACCGAUUGCAGAAAAAAUUCUCACGUGAUUAAUUGACAGAUUGUAAAUAUCUUUUCAUGAUAUGCUCCUUUUGCAUUUAAUGAGCUAUUAAUAAGCUUGAAAUGCUAAAUCAAUGAAUUAUUAUUUACACAAUCCGCGACCUAAUUUUGUCGACUGCCUCUAUUCAGAUGCCCUACUUUUACAGCCUUUCCAUCGGAACACGAUCACGAUCCCGAUGAAUAUAAAAACGUAACAAUGGUAAAAAAAAAUUUUUUUUUUUUUUUACACCAGCUGUUCAUCAAACGUUAAAAAAUUCGAACUUGAUUAGAAGUUUGCCACACUGAAAUUACACUGCAACUUUCAAAUGAAUCCUCGCAAGGAUAACAAAAAAAAAAAAAAUCUGGAAAACCAAUGGGACAGACUGACUGACAGACAGAGGGACGAGUGGACAAACGGAGAGAGAAAAUCUCUAGUCCCCUUUGGUUUUACAAACUGGUUUGGGACUAAUAAUAGCCCUGAACAAUUUGUUAAUCGAAGGGGAAAUAUUAUGAAGCACGGUAAGAAAUAUUUUCCGGCUUAACGGGAAAUAUGUAUUCAAAAACACAUACUGGUAUGUAUUUGCUAGAAUUAUGGCUGUGUGAACAACUUCCUUAAAACCUUCUAUAUAUCCGUGAAACGUGCCUUUAUAUAGAGUUUGUUAAGGAACUCGCCCAUAAAAUUGUGAAUCAAACAUGUUUUAAGUGUAUUUGCAUGGAUUACGUAAUAUUUGGGACUUUUCACGAGUCAAUAUCGUAUGCAGCUUCAUUUAGAGUUUAAUGGUGGUGGGGGAGAUCUUGUGCGAGUGUUUUGAUCGUGCAUAUAUCAAAGAUACUUAACAUUUUGUGAGACGACGUUGACGAGAUGAGCAUUGUAAAGCGGUUUGGAUUAGCUGUGUACAGGUCGACCAUUAAGAUCCCUCUGACUGCAGGAUACCCAACACGUAAUGGAAAUCCUGACGAAACAAACGGAAGCCUGGCGUCCGUGGUUACUAUUGUUUUCGUCACAGCUGUUACCUUUGCUGUUAUUGGUAUAUUUGGCGCCAAAAAGGGUUACGAACAAGUAGCCAAUAAACACAUCUGGAUAAUGAUGAUGUUGUUGAUGUUUUCUGCCCUAAUGUCAGUUAUUUUCAUAUCAGUGGUGGCGUACAAAAAUCGUGCUACAUGGUACAAACCGUCCGAACUGAGAAGAAUUGCUAUCUACACGAAUAUAAAGGUGGCGUUUCUAUGGCUUUUUGGCUUUGCUUGCAUUUUGCACGAAUCAUUAGGUGCAUCACUGGAUAUAAAUUGCUGGACCAGCAACAACACGAGCGAACUGACAGGAAUGUUCAUAGAGGGCACCUUCAGUCAUUUUCUUCAAGUUCUAUGUUUAUGUUUCCAGUUAAGUUUUAUAACUUAUUUUCGGUAUUACAAGUUCGAGCCCUCUUUGUGCAUCAAUUAUGGUAUUUUGAUUAUUCUGCUCGCAAAUUUAAGUCAAUGGUUUGAUUCUCUCAUUAAAGAGAUUAAUCUUGACACGCCAGAAAACAAUACUCUUCACGACAACUGCACAGUCUCAUCCAAAAUAUAUAAUGUGACAGAAGAUCUUGACCUCUACGUGGGGCCAGCUCGUGUCGAAUUCUUUCUUUUAUCCACUGGUUUCAUUAUAAGCAUGUGGCCCUCCAUACAGGAAGAUGAACCUACUGAGCCAAUAGAAAUGAAUCAUGAACUGUCUUCAGAUAUCAUGGAAACGAACGAUGAAAACGCAUUGCUUUUGCCCCAUUCCUCCGUUCCAUCAAAUACAACAUAUAAUUCAAUGAAUUCUCAGAACCAUGCCUUACAUGUUCAAAUCCAUCCUGUGUCUCACUUCAGCUCCAUUGUGAUUGGGGUCAUAUUAAACAUGUCACUGAUUAUAGGAAACAUUGUAUUCUUGCGCCUGUCAAGCAUAGAUCGGGACAGUCUCAGUUUGCGCGAAGCAUGGUUUACUUUCACUAUGGCAUACAAGCUGUGUCUGAUAAUCAUGAUUUACAUGGUGUACUACCACAUCACGUGGAAUGACGCGCCCUCCUACGUUAAGGCAAAAAAACUCUCCUCGGGACAAUACCUCCUGAUAUUUUCCACUUCCGGAACCGUCGCACUGUGUACGAUAGGAAUUAUAGUCGGCACUCAAGAGUCACCAGCAACGGACGGUUACAUUUUUAUCGUAGAAAACUGUCUCGAUAUUUUGGGAACAUAUCUUCAAACAGUGCUCAUAAUACAUGCCGAGAAACUCGUCGUGGAUGUCAGCGGGAACAGUUUUUUCGCCGUUGAGAGACUGUGUCUCUUGCUUGCUGUCAGCAAUCUCUCGUUAUGGCUAACUCAGAGCUUCAUAGACGUACAUUACGUUGCAAAAUUUAAGAUCCAUAAUAAGUAUACGAUCGAGGAAGGGACACUGGAAAACAUCGUCAAAAUAUUGUCGCCUAUUUUGAUAUUUUAUCGGUUUCAUGUUUCUCUUGAUUGGUACAACUUACACAGAAAAUUCAAGUAAUGCUGCAGAAUCUAUAUAUAUCUGAAAGUCUUCAUUCAUGAUGCAAUUUGAAAUUUACAUAGAAAAUAUCUUGAAAUUACAGAAGUGUAACACUUUUAACUGUAAUCAUUUUUAUCGAUACUUCGUGUUUGUAUUAUCUCUGAAAUCAUAUGCUGCCUACAUGUACACGUACUUACGGAACUAAAAUAAUGGUAACGUACUCUACAUUUCACACACACACACACACACACACACACACACACACACACACACACACACAUAUAUAUAUAUAUAUAUAUUAAUGAUGUGAAAUUAGAGAGGGGGCGGGGGGUAAACGUGUACAGUGAGAAAGUGAGGACAAAUUUCAACCAAUGGACAGAAGUUGUGAAGACAGAGUUGCAAUAUGAGGACAAAAAAGAAUGUCCUCACAAUCACGUCCUCAUAAAUGUGACCUACAACAUGUGAAAUACAAAAUAUUAUCUUAGUGAGGACAAAUGGUGUGAGGAAAUGUCCUUACUAAUAUUCUCUCUCAAAAACCUUUUUUCAUAAUUCGAAAGAGAGUAUUAGAUAAGCUUUCAUAGGUAUCCCUAUAGCUAUACCUAACAUAGUACUUUUUUGCCUUUAGAAUGAUAUAUGUGUGUGUAUUCUCUUCUACACAUUGUGAGGAAGUCCUCACUUAGUAUGUUUGGUCGGCUAGAGAGAGAGAGAGAGAGAGAGAGAGAGAGAGAGAGAUUGGAAUUUAACAGGGUAGCUCAUGACCGUACAUAUGGGGUUAACGUCAGCUUGCGCAUGCACAAGUUUAUGUUGAUCGGGAUCAGCGAUGUUUCGUAAAAUGUUCUGUAUGGUUUGUGAAAUGUUCUUAAUAAAAAUUCAUUCAUUUAUACAUACAA